UUCAGGUGGAGGAGAGUGUUGGCUUGAACAACAGUGAUUAUGGCGGAUACUUGUUUGGGACCCCCGCUUUUCAAGCCUCCUCAUUCUCUUUUAAAUACCCCAAAUCAAAUCUCUUUUCCCUUCCUUCUUCUCUCUCAUCACCGUUCCACGCCAUUUUCCAGAAACCUCUCUCUCAUGGCGCCCUCUUCUAAUCCCAUUCCCUCCCAUCAUUCUCACUGCUCUUCUGCUUCCACCUCUCCAAAAAGCCUCUCUUCUCACCCCUCUUUGCUUGUCUUUUCGGUGUUGCAGGAGGAACUGCCUUCAAUGGUGUUGUGGAAGAGCUCAAGAGCUUAACAGUCCAUGUGGCUCAUGUUCUCCCUGUUUCUGAUGAUGGGGGGAGCACGGCGGAGAUUGUUCGUGUUCUUGGUGAGGGCCAGCUGUUGGAGACAUUCGGUCGAGAUGCUUGAGACUAUCUGAUCCGAGUACCUCUGAGGGUCUUGCAGUUCGGACAUUGCUAGGUCACCGGUUGCCCCUUGAAGCACAAAAGGCGAAGUUCGAAUGGUACGAUAUUGUAGAAGGAAACCAUUCUCUGUGGACAGGUGUCUCAAAACCAUACAGGGAGACUAUUCGAGCAUUUUUGGUUUAUUUCCAGAAUCAGGGCUUAUUGAUUUCCACUUCUCCAAGAUGGAUCAUUUGAUCCUUAGAAGGUCGGAUGAAGUAUUCUGUUUCAGCAACGGAAGCAUCGGAAAUUUUUUCUUUGCUGGAGCUCGGAUAUUCUUUCAGUCUCUAGAUGCUGCAAUUUUCUUGUUUUCACGUGUGUCACAAAUUCCAACAGAAAGCCUGGUCCUACCAGUUAUAUCCACAAAUGAUAGGCUUACCUUGGGCUGUGAAUUAUGGGAUGGAACCAUAAUACGGGGUCAGAAUGAAAUUUCACAUCCAACCAGUGGAUCUAUGCAGCCUAUAGAUAAGAGUCACUCUUCAGUUCGAACUCUUCCUUCAAGAAUAAAGCGGGUCUUUUACAUGUCUAGCGAAGGCAGCAAUUUAUUGCAUGAGGUAUUUCCUUCUGUAAAUCCAUCUGUCUUAGAUCAGCUGAACAGCGUCGACUGCAUUAUCUAUGCCAUGGGUUCACUGUUUACUUCGAUAUGCCCCUCUCUUGUUUUACGUGGAAUUGGUGAAAGUAUUUCUUCAAGAUCAUGUCCCAAGGUGCUUCUCUUGAAUGGUACGCAUGAUAGAGAAACUGGCGGCUUUACAGCUUCCUGCUUUGUGACAGCUAUUGCCGAUGCUCUGAACAGAACGUAUGGCGAUCCUCAUAAGAGUCUAAACAGUCCUCCUAACCAAUACAUCAACACAAUAUUUGUGCCCAAAGGUGGUCAGAUUCUCAUUGAUACUGAUAAAUUGGCUGCGCAAGGGAUCUCUCAUGUGGUAACUGUUGAAUCAGUACACGAUGCAGCAGCGGGCAUAAUCUAUGAUCCGACAUCCCUAAUACAGUCUAUGGCGAAUCUGUUGACUGAAUCCACGACAAAGGACAUAACUUCAACUUGAUCUAGGUUCAGUUCCAAUUUCUUCGCGUUCCACACAGAUCAUUAUCUUAGUUUCUGUUGGGCCUCUUCUGCUGAGGUGAAGGUAUUGGCUGGAGCUCAUUUCUUGAUUUUUACCUGAUGAUGGGUGGUAUUCACUCGAUUCUAGUACAGCAUUUGUACAUGUAUUUUUUGAAGAUUGAGAUGUGGUAGGAAACUUUAGUAGAUAUGGGUAGAUGUAAUGGCUAGAUUUGCAAUACAGGAUGUUGUAUGUAGUAAAUUGAUUAAUCUCUUCUCUCUGAAACCAAGAAUGGGCACUACUAUAGUAUACUACUCCACUUCUGAACAAUCUUCUUUUAAAUGGCA